GAGAGAGAGAGAGAUAGAGUUAUAGAAAGCUCAGACUGCUCAGUCCACACUCCACACUUGAGUUGAAAAACACAGCCAGGUUGAGAUCAGGCUACCAAUUUACCAAAGAAGCGAGAUGGCCCGGCUUCACCACCUGUCUCUCGUCCCCGCCACGUCCCUCCUCCUCCUGCUGCUGCUACCCGUCGUCCUCGCAGCCGCCUCCGCAGCGGCGGAGGAGCCACAGAUCAGGAUCAGCGUGCAGUACCCUACCGAGGAGGAGGCGCGGUGGCUGGACCGCUGGUCGGAGAAGUACCAGGCGCAGGGCGCCGCCUCCGGCUUCUCCGUCCACCCGGCCACCGACGAGGAGUCGGCGUACCUGAACAGCAUCUUCGACAACGGCAAGAAGAGAGCGGCCAGUGGUGACCACUCCCACGGCGGCGGCGGCGGCGGCGGCUUCGACGGCCACAUCGAGUUCGACGACGACGACCAUCCGUUUGGUAGGAUCGUCGUGGACACCGUCCACUCUCGCGCGAGCUCGUCCGAGACCAACGAUGGUGAUCUGCAGAACCACCACGAGCCUCACUCUCACGCAGAGUAUAAUGCUGACGACGUCAAGGAUCUUUAGGAGCACUGAACUUGUUCAAUCGAGCCCGUCGAUUGUCAUGAAGGGAAUAAUAUGGAGGAUUGCUGGGAGGAGUUCGUGUUUCAUUAAUUAGUCUGUUUUAGUAGCUAGCUAGUAUGGCGUCGCAGCCAGCAGGGGUCGUCCUCCUCCGUGAAAUUAUUGAAGUGAUUCUCUAGUCUAGUUGUAGUGUCAUGUGUACUAGGUAACUUGUUCUGAUGUGUGCGUGGUGGUCUCAGCUUUCAUUGCAAUAAUUGUCUUUGUUUCUUGGCUAAUAUAAAUCGUGUGCAGAGAUCUCCUGCAAGUUCCUACAA